AUGGCUAUCAUCAACCUUUUGAGUCUAAUUUAUUUUGCUGGGGCUGCUCCCUCUGCCACGGAGGACUUCCUCUUAACAUCUCCAAGUCCACUUUUGCACCUCCGCAGUCAACAGACUGGAACCCUAAGGGAGUGUGGUUUGUUGGAGUCAACAACCAUAUUUAUUCAUUGGACACCAGCUGGUCAGAGUUUACCUGGUGCACUGGAGUCACAGGCUCCACCACAGGUUUCAUCGGAGUCUCAACCUAGAUCUCCACCGUGUGCUUCUCCAGGAUCUAUACCACGGGCUUCUCCACCACUGGCUUCUCCAGGAUCUAUACCACGGGCUUAUCCACGACUGGCUUCUCCAGGAUCUAUACCACGGGCUUCUCCACCACUGGCUUCUCCAGGAUCUAUACCACGGGCUUCUCCACCACUGGCUUCUCCAGGGUCUAUACCACGGGCUUCUCCACCACUGGCUUCUCCAGGAUCUAUACCACGGGCUUAUCCACCACUGGCUUCUCCAGGAUCUAUACCACGGGCUUCUCCACCACUGGCUUCUCCAGGAUCUAUACCACGGGCUUAUCCACCACUGGCUUCUCCAGGGUCUAUACCACGGGCUUCUCCACCACUGGCUUCUCCAGGGUCUAUACCACGGGCUUCUCCACCACUGGCUUCUCCAGGAUCUAUACCACGGGCUUAUCCACCACUGGCUUCUCCAGGAUCUAUACCACGGGCUUCUCCACCACUGGCUUCUCCAGGAUCUAUACCACGGGCUUAUCCACCACUGGCUUCUCCAGGGUCUAUACCACGGGCUUCUCCACCACUGGCUCCUCCAGGGUCUAUAUCAUGGGCUUCUCCACCACUGGCUUCUCCAGGGUCUAUUCCACUGUGGCCUUCUCCAGGGACUCCACCACGGGCUUCUCCACCGUGGGCUUCUCCGGGGUCUCCACCACUGGCUUCUCCAGGGUCUAUACCACAGGCUUCUCCACCACUGGCUUCUCAAGGGCCUCCACCACGGGCUUCUCCACCAGGGGCUUCUCCAGGGUCUCCCCUUUGGGCUCAAGGGUCUUCAUCACUGUCUCCUCCACAGAGUCCACCAAGAAGACAUUUAAGCUCAGGUUCUGACCUAAGGGCAGUGUUGCAUAAUCUGCAAUCAAAUAUUAAAUUUGAAGAAACACCACCAAUGGCAAAUAGGGUUAAUGUUGUAAGGGGAGACAUUAUAGAAUCCGCUUUCAGAGCAUUUAGGAGGAAGCAGUUUAGCCCUAAUUGCAAGUUGGAUGUGGUGUUUGUUGACACAUGUGGUCAAGGUGAAGGAGCAGUGGACAAUGGUGGACCCACCAGAGAAUUUCUGACCCUUCUAAUGAAAGAACUUCUGAGUUCUCGUUAUUUCGUGGGACCUGCAUGGAGGAAGAACCUGGGAUUGGACUCCGUAGGACUCAACAGGGGCAUCUACAGAGUAAUUGGAAAAGCAAUAUCUGUCUGCCUGGUUCAUGGAGGGGUAGGGCCCCAUGUCUUUUCACGGAGACUGCUUUGCCAGCUAACUGGGGAGCCAACACCACCUGUAGACAUUGAGGAGGUGGAUGAUGAAGACCUCAAACAACAGUUGCAAAAGGCCAGUUGA